CUAUAAAUGCCGUCGCCUGACGCUGGCUCGCCUCCCGCCCUGCCCGUCCUCGGCUGUUUUGUUUGAGCUGUUGGCUUGCUGGCAUCCCCCAUGGCGUCUCCCCUGGAGCAGGCGCUGGCCGUGAUGGUCUCUACCUUCCACAAGUACUCGGGGAAGGAGGGGGACAAGUACAAGCUCAGCAAACAGGAGCUCAAGGAGAUGCUCAUGAAGGAGCUGCCCAGCUUCAGCAGACAAACCAGUGAGGCCAGCUUACAGCAGCUCAUGUGCCACCUGGACAGCAACAGUGACAGCGAGGUGGAUUUCCAAGAGUACGUGACCUUCCUGGCCUGCAUGGCCAUGAUGUGCAACGACUUCUUCCAGGACUGCCCCGACAAGAUGCCGCGCAAGAAGUGAGCAUGGGGCACCGGCCCUGGGCUGCGUCGCUGCCCCCGUGACCCUCCCGCUGUCUUCCUGACGCUCUUUCAAUAAAGGUUGCUUUAAACAAA